CUUCCGGUGGGCAGCCGUCCAAACGGUCCGAACGCCUGUGGAGAAUAAAGAGCUGUUCCCGCCUCUGAAUAACGGCGCUCGGUCAGAGGUCAGAUCCAGCGUGCAGCAUGGCGUCAGGCAGCGUGAGCAGCGAGGAGGAGAAGAGCAUGAGGGAGUGUGAGGUAUAUGUGCAGAAGCACAGCGUACAGCAGCUGCUGAAGGACUGCAUCGUGCAGCUGUGCACCUCACGACCCGACAGACCCAUGGCCUUCCUCAGAGAACACUUCGAACGGCUGGAAAAGGAGGAAGCUAAGCAGCUGCUGACCCAGCAGAAAGCCAGCUCUCGCUCAGACUCUCGUGAAGAUGAGGUGUCUCCUCCCAUGAACCCCAUGGUGAAGGGCCGCAGACGGAGAGGAGCCAUCAGCGCUGAGGUCUACACCGAGGAGGACGCCGCCUCCUACGUCAGGAAGGUCAUUCCUAAAGACUACAAAACCAUGGCUGCUCUCGCCAAAGCCAUCGAAAAAAAUGUGCUCUUCUCACAUCUGGACGACAAUGAAAGAAGUGACAUAUUUGACGCAAUGUUUCCGGUCAUCUACAUCGCAGGAGAGAUAGUCAUCCAGCAAGGUGACGAGGGCGAUAACUUCUAUGUCAUCGAUCAGGGUGAAAUGGAUGUGUGUGUGAAUAGCGAGUGGGUCACCAGCAUCGGCGAGGGCGGCAGCUUCGGAGAGCUGGCUCUGAUCUACGGCACCCCGAGAGCCGCCACCGUCCGAGCCAAGACCAACGCCAAGCUCUGGGGCAUCGACAGAGACAGCUACAGGAGAAUACUGAUGGGAAGCACUUUGAGGAAGAGGAAGAUGUACGAGGAGUUCAUGAGCAAAGUAUCUAUUUUAGAGUCUCUGGAUAAGUGGGAGCGUCUGACCGUGGCUGACGCUCUGGAGCCGGUGCAGUUCGAGGACGGACAGAAGAUCGUGGUUCAGGGAGAACCAGGGGACGAGUUCUUCAUCAUCCUGGAGGGAUGUGCAGCCGUUCUGCAGCGCAGGUCAGAGUAUGAGGAGUUCGUGGAGGUCGGCCGGGUAGGACCGUCAGACUACUUCGGUGAGAUCGCUCUGCUGAUGAACCGACCCCGUGCCGCCACCGUCGUGGCCCGUGGGCCGCUCAAAUGCGUCAAGCUGGACCGGCCGCGUUUCGAGCGUGUCUUGGGCCCGUGUUCAGACAUCCUCAAACGCAACAUCCAACAGUACAACAGCUUCGUGUCGCUCUCCGUCUGAGAGCCCCACCCUGAAAACCUUUCCCGCAGGGCCCAGCUCAUGUUCAGAGGCUCAUUACCGCUUCGUUAAGUCCAGAGCUUUAACGGCUGCUUUCAUCGCCGGACACUUAGAGCCGAAUGAAAGGACAGACAAUCAAACGUUGAUUUCCAUCUUCAUGGCAGCGCCGCCGCUUGUGUUUUCUAUCAGUGAAUGGAGAGCAACUGAUGAAUGAACAGAUGAAUAGAGCUGUUAAUGCUCUCGUAUGAGUUGCUGAUAUAUCGUGGACCACUGAUGAUGUUCGAUUUGUCAAUGUUACCCAGAAAAAAAUGAUCAUUUUGGUGUAGAUCGUCCAAAUGGCAGUUUAAGCAAUAAAAAGGUUGUUAUUAAACCCUCAAAUGCAGUGGAAGACUUUGUUUCCAGACAAAUGAACAAAUCUUAUUUGUCUUUAUUUCAAGUAUUCAUAAAGCUGUACAAGACACAAGAGGGCAGCGUUCAACCGAGAGAAAAUCUGACUGUUCAGAAUGGAGCUAUUAUUACUGUAACAGGGUCAUGUGGCAUACGAGUGCUGUUCAGGUGUCAUAUUGACAGUAACUUGUUACAGUUAGUUGCUAAAAGUGUUUUGCAUUUUUAUUUUGUGUUAAAAUGUGUUCAUUUUUGGCAGUUUGAUUAAAAUGAGCUUUAUUUACUUCCGAUUCAUUUGUCAGAAAAAAAGGAAGGGCCACUUGAGAAAGAUUUAAAAAAAAAA